AUGACGCCCAGUCCCGAUGAAGCGCUUCACUUUCGCGGAAAGACUCUGACUCCGGAAAGCCCUCGCCCGCUGCACAUUCCGGAGCCAGCCAAUAUCCCCGUCCUGGAGAACCAAAUGGACCCCAUUUUCAACGAUACCUCAACAUAUGAACCGGUGCAGAAGGAAACACAGACAUGGUUGCACGGAGGGUUAGACGGUCAGGGAGGACCAGGGCACCCAGGUAGCGCUCGUGGCGUGCAAGUUGCGCAAAAUGGAACUUUUUCGGCGCCUUACUCGACCUCGGGGUCCGAAACCGCCAGUCAUCUAGCCUCGUCGGCCCACCCCGACUCUACUGAUGCUGCUGCUCCAGUCCAUCCAUCAUCUCAGGGGUUUGCCACGACCGGCGAAGUAGACAACGCUCGCAACCCGGAGUCGAUGGAGCGGCGACCAGAGGAGGGGCCUCAAACGGGCGGAGUUAAUUAUCAAAACCUGCUCGAUAAUCUCUCUCAUCCCGGUCCCAGUGCAACCAUGCCCGUGGCUGCUCCCAUUGAACCGUCAUCUUUCCAUCAAGCACCAGUCGAUGAAUGCCUCCAAUCCCAGGGUGUUCCUGCCCACGCCCAUGCCCAGGCCCAGUCUAUUCAACCCAUUAACACCCAAACCAAUGACAUGACAUAUCAAAUGCCACCCGCCCACAACACCAAUGAUCAAGCCUAUGCCCAAAGUAACCCUCAAGCACAGAGUCAAUCCCAACCCCCGCUGUAUCCGGCGGGGACAGCCCCAGCGGGCAACUUGAACCCGCCCACGUCGGGCUUCCAGACCCCGUCUACCGGUCCUGAAUCCCAUUCCUCACAAGAGCUAUCGCUCGGACUUAAAAAAGGCCGUGUUGAUAAACAGGGCCGACCAAUCAAGGGCAUCGAUGAUGAUUCCCCUUGGGGCCCCGAGGUGCAAAAGAAGUACGAUGAGUUUCUUCAUGAUGAACGGAUCUAUGUCACAGAGGGUCUCUGGGAUCGAUUUCCCAUGGGCUCUAGGUUGUUUGUCGGCAAUCUCCCCACCGAACGAGUCACCAAGCGCGACAUGUUCCAUAUCUUCCACAAAUACGGCAAACUUGCUCAAAUUUCGAUCAAGCAAGCUUAUGGGUUCAUACAAUUUCUGGAGGCGAGCUCGUGUCAUGCAGCUUUAGGGGUCGAACAAGGCGCUAUCGUUCGGGGCAGAAAGAUCCAUCUCGAGAUCUCAAAGCCCCAGCGAUCAACUCGGCCCGCUCCAGCACCAGAACCCUCUCGUGCACCUCCGCCACGUCGCUCGCGAUCGCCAGAGUUCAGUCGGGUCGGGUCUGCAAGGCCCAACCCCCGAGCUCCUAGCGAUCGCUACGAUCGGCCCAAACCUUAUGAGCCAAGUCGUUUGCCUUUCAGCGAUUUCCGGGAAGAAGCUUCUCAUCGCAGCAGGCGCGACGAUUAUCGGCCCCCGCGAUCCCCCUCCCCACGACCUUUCCGCGGCAGCAGAGAUGGCUACCGAUCCCGCGAUAGAACUCCCGAAAGAUUUGAUCGUCGCGAACGACGGCGCUCUCGUUCGCCACGGUCCCCUCGUUCUCCUCGUUCCCCAUACUCGAGAGAUAGACGAUACCGCACCGUCAGCCCCAGACCGCGCGGUGUCUAUGAAGGCGAAGCAGAUUUGCCAGUACCACGUCGGGUUCCACGAGAUGUGCCAGAUGUGCAGUUGCUUGUGCUGGAAGAACUUGACAGAAACUUCGUUCUUCAUGUAGAAAAUGCAUUCCGCAAUCGUGGACUACGAGUGGACGUUCUUGUACUCGGUCCCCGGAUCCCGCUCGGGGCGGCAGUUCAUCGCCAGUUCAUCGAGGGUGUGCUUGCAGUUGUCCGCCUCUCCCGCCCAAAUCAGGUUUCGCGGAAAGUCCCUCUGCAGCUGUUUGAUCGCACUGCUGGAUUGGAUAAUGUCCGUUUUCUCGACUACCCAGAACUCGAGCCCAACUUGUCUGCUGAACUACUAAGCCACCAGGCUCAGGCCAUGCAGCGAGGCGCUGCCCCAACUGCUUUCGCACCAAACCCUGCAUUCGGUGUUCCUCCAGUGCCAGCUUUGCCAAUCCCCCAGCCUGGCUUGCCUGCUCUCUCCAACACUCCUAACAUCGCCAACCUUAUUGGUUCCUUGGAUGGCCCUAGCCUCUCGUCCCUCCUAUCGGCACUCCAACGCCCUCCCCACUCGCAACCUGUGUCUGCCACACAAUCACCCUUCUCUUCACCAAACCCACCCCCGGCAGACCUGGCCAGUCUUCUAUCCAAUGCACACCGGCCUCCGACCCUCCCCAACCCCCAACAGCCCCCUCUCCCCAGUCCACCAUUCGGUCUUCAACCUCCCAAUGCGCCGGUUGUCACAGAUCCACACCUACUUUCGCUCCUAGCCAAAGGGCUCAGUGGCCAACAACCGCAGGGUCAGGCACCCACGGGCCCUCAGGUUCAGAAUCUGAUGAACCACCUUGCGAGAUGGAAGCAAUGA